AAAAAAAAACAAACAUCUUAGUUGCUCAAAAAAAAAAAAAAAAACAUCUUAUUAUUAUUCCCCAAUCCAUUUCACGGCAGCAGGAUGGCCGGCGGCAACCACCGCAAAACCCGAUGGGAAUCCAACUCCUCCUCCUCCACCGCACUGCCCACCACCACCAACACUAAAUCUCCCUCCGAUAGUAAAUCCAAACCCAACACAAAUAAUUCUAAUCCCAAACCCAACCUUAACCCAAAACCUAACCCUAAUCCCAGCCCCAAACUUCCAAACGAUCACCCUGCCCUAAUCCCCUUUCAAUUCCCUGAACCUGGUCCACCACCACCUCCGGCCUACGGCUUCCACAUGCUAGAACGACGAACCAUCAUCCUCGCGGACGGUAGCGUCCGAUCCUACUUCGCUCUACCUCCUGAUUAUCAAGAUUUCGCUCCCCCACCUCGCCCGAUUGACCGCUUCGCGUAUCCUCCCCGACCCGAUUACCAGAAUCCAAUGGAAGCCGCCUCUGCGAAGAGAAAAUACGGGGAGGAUUGUAGAGAUGAAUUUGCAAGACAAAGGGAACAGCUUUUGCGUAAUGCUAAUGGGUUUGCUAAUAGGGUUCCUGUUGGUGGUGAGUUUCCGGCGGGUCCCAGUGAUUUGAGACCUUCUAAGCAAUUAAGGGUUGAUGGGGUUGGUAGUGGUAAUAAUGCUAGGCAUGUGCAGGUUGAUCAGGAUUCUUUGAAGAAAAAAUUUCUUCACUUUGUUAGGUUGAUAAAUGAUAAUCCUUUGUUGAAGAAGAGUUUGUUGGAGGAUGGAAAACAAGGCCGGGUUCAGUGCAUUGCUUGUGGCAGUGGCAGUAACAGGGCUGCUAAAGAUUUUUCAGAUAUACAUGCUCUCAUUAUGCAUACGUUCAACUCAGAUAAUGCUGAUUUACGUGCUGAUCAUUUGGGAUUACACAAAGCUCUGUGUGUCUUAAUGGGUUGGAAUCACUCAAAGCCUCCUGAUAACUCAAAGGCAUAUCGGUAUCUAUCUGCUGAUGAAGCAGAAGCAAAUCAGGAUGAUCUGAUCAUGUGGCCACCUUUGGUGAUCAUCCACAACACACACACCGGAAAAGGGAGAGAUGGUCGUAUGGAGGGUUUGGGAAACAAAUGGAUGGAUAAUAAACUUAGAGAGCUUGGAUUUGGGGGUGGCAAGUCAAAGGCAUUGUAUGGAAAAGAAGGUCAUUUGGGCAUGAUAUUGAUUAAAUUUGCUGGUGACAAAUCAGGCUUGGAGGAGGCCAUGCGGCUUGGUGAACACUUUAAGAAGGAAAAUCACGGCCGCAAGGACUGGGUUCGCGUGCAGGCCCAAACAUUAGGAAAGGACAAUGAGAAUAACCCAAACCUUGUGAAGUUUGAUGAGAGAAACGGAGAGAAAAGGAGGGUCUUGUAUGGCUAUGUAGGAACUGCUUUUGAUCUUGACAAACUUGAUUUUGACACAAGAAAGAAGGUAGUCAUAGAGAGCCGGAGAGAAUACAAGCCCUCCAUGUAGUUUCCGAACUAGACAUACAUGGAAUGAUUUGUGGAUUGUUCGAUGAAGAAGCUUUUUUCGUUAUGUUGUACUGACUAUUUCGAUGUCCAAUAGGAGGUUUGUUAAAAAAAAAUAAUGUACACUAGGAAGCAACUUUUCCAAUAGUUUUUAUUCUAAUUUUCCUUAUUCAUCUUGAUUUUUCCUGCUGUAGUUAGCAGUAGAAAUUAUGAAGACUUGUUUUCUUUACAGCCAUCUCACAACCUGGAAAGCAUUAAUUUUCUUUUUUACUUUAAAGUCAAUUGGCUGGAAUUGAAAGUCUUUGGUUAUGUCAUUGCUUUUCCCCUUGUUGGGUGGGGGACUGUUUAUGUACAAUUGACCUUUAUUUUUC